GGUGCUUUCCCGAGGAAACGGCUCAUCCUCCUCCUCCCUCUGCGGCGCCCGGUGGUGGAUCGUGUCCUGGUGGAGGUGACGGUCUGACGCACCAGGGGAGCGUGACCGAGCCAUAGUCGCGAGGAGGACCGGUAGCUAACUCGAAUUACACCCCCUUGUUUCACUGACAAGGACUGAAGAUGGGGAACCGCGGGAUGGAGGAUUUGAUUCCUCUGGUCAACCGCAUGCAAGAUGCCUUCUCCGCCAUCGGCCAGAACGCCAACCUGGACCUGCCACAGAUCGCCGUGGUGGGAGGCCAGAGCGCCGGGAAGAGCUCGGUGUUGGAGAACUUCGUCGGGAAGGACUUUCUACCUCGCGGUUCUGGCAUCGUGACCCGCCGUCCCCUGGUUCUGCAGCUGAUGAACUGUCCCACUGAAUAUGCUGAAUUUCUGCACUGUAAGGGCAAAAAGUUUACAGAUUUUGAUGAGGUCAGACAAGAGAUUGAGGCUGAAACUGACCGGAUCACGGGAGCCAACAAGGGAAUUUCUCCGGUUCCUAUCAACCUGCGGGUCUAUUCCCCUAAUGUGCUGAAUUUGACCCUUGUGGACUUGCCGGGUAUGACCAAAGUGCCAGUGGGAGACCAGCCAGCAGACAUUGAGUUCCAAAUACGAGAAAUGCUGAUGCAAUUUGUCACCAAAGAGAACUGCCUGAUGCUCGCCGUCUCUCCUGCAAACUCCGAUCUGGCCAACUCUGAUGCCCUAAAGAUUGCCAAAGAGGUCGACCCCCAGGGGAUGAGGACCAUCGGCGUGAUCACCAAGCUGGACCUGAUGGACGAAGGCACAGAUGCAAAAGACAUUCUGGAGAAUAAGCUGCUUCCACUCAGGAGGGGCUACAUCGGUGUGGUGAACCGGAGCCAGAAGGACAUUGAUGGAAAGAAGGACAUCAAUGCCGCCAUGGCGGCUGAGAGGAAGUUCUUUCUCUCUCAUCCUGCCUACAGACACCUGGCGGAUCGCAUGGGCACACCUUACCUGCAGAAGGUCCUCAAUCAGCAACUGACCAACCACAUUCGGGACACUCUGCCGGGCCUACGCUCCAAGCUGCAGAGUCAGCUUCUCUCCAUCGAGAAGGAAGUGGAGGAGUAUAAGAACUUCAGGCCUGAUGAUCCGUCACGCAAGACCAAAGCUCUGCUUCAGAUGGUGCAGCAGUUCUCUGUGGACUUUGACAAAUGUAUAGAAGGCUCUGGAGACCAGAUUGAUACGGCCGAACUCUCAGGGGGAGCCAAGAUCAAUCGCAUCUUUCAUGAGCGCUUCCCCUUUGAACUGGUGAAGAUGGAGUUUGAUGAGAAGGAGCUGCGCAAGGAGAUCAGCUACGCCAUCAAGAACAUUCAUGGCAUCAGAACUGGCCUCUUCACCCCGGACAUGGCCUUUGAGACCAUUGUGAAAAGGCAGAUUGGGAAGAUUAAAGAGCCGUGCACCAAAUGUGUGGACAUGGUCAUUUCUGAGCUAGUCAAUACUGUUAGGAAUUGUACCAGAAAGCUGGCUCAGUACCCCAUGCUGAGGGAAGAGAUGGAGAGAAUUGUCACCCAACACAUCAGGGACAGAGAAACCCGCACUAAAGAGCAGGUACUGCUGCAGAUCGACAUCGAGUUGUCGUACAUGAACACCAACCAUGAGGAUUUUAUUGGAUUUGCCAAUGCUCAGCAGAGGAUCAACCAGAUGAACAAAAAGAAGGCAGCUGGCAAUCAGGAUGAGAUCAUGCCGGAGAGAGGAGUUAACGAUCGGUUUAAGGUGAUCAGAAAGGGAUGGCUGACCAUCAACAACAUCGGCAUCAUGAAGGGCGGGGCUAAGGAGUACUGGUUUGUCCUCACCGCCGAGUCUCUGUCCUGGUACAAGGAUGAUGAGGAGAAAGAGAAGAAGUACAUGCUGCAGGUGGACAACCUGAAGCUCCGGGAUGUUGAGAAGGGCUUCAUGUCCAGCAAACAUAUUUUUGCUCUCUUCAACACCGAGCAAAGGAAUGUGUACAAGGACUACCGUCAGCUGGAGCUGGCCUGCGAGAGCCAGGAAGAUGUUGACGCCUGGAAGGCCUCUUUCCUCCGAGCUGGCGUCUAUCCCGAACGUGUUACGGAGAAGGAAGGAAAGAGCGACGCUGGUGAUGAAAAUGGCUCGGACAACUUCAUGCACAGCAUGGACCCUCAGCUGGAGAGGCAGGUGGAGACCAUCCGCAACCUGGUGGACUCCUACAUGGCCAUCGUCAACAAGACUGUGCGUGACCUGAUGCCCAAGACCAUCAUGCACCUGAUGAUCAUCAAUACUAAAGAGUUCAUCAACGCUGAGCUGCUGGCGCAGCUCUACUCCUGUGGCGACCAAAACUCUCUGAUGGAGGAGUCGCAGGAGCAGGCGCAGCACCGUGACGAGAUGCUGCGGAUGUACCAUGCCCUGCGUGAGGCUCUCAACAUCAUCGGAGACAUCAGCACCACCACGGUCACCACAGCCAUGCCGCCCCCGGUGGACGACUCCUGGCUGCAGGUGCAGCGAGGGGGCUCAGGAGGGAGGUCUCCGGCCACUAGUCCCACUCCGAACAGAAGGGCCCCACCUGCACGCCCUGGCUCUCGUGGGCCUCCACCUGGGCCUCCUCCAGCUGGUGGACCACCUAUUCCGUCUCGCCCGGGAGCUUCCCCGGAUCCUUAUGGUGGUCCUCCUCCCACUGUGCCCUCCCGACCUAACCGUGCUCCCCCGAGUGUCCCCAGAAUCACUAUCAGUGACCAAUGAAGACUCCCGUCUCUGUCGAAGACCCCCACCUUCACCAACACACUAGACCUCCAAGAUCCUGUUCCCCUCCUCUUUCCUACCUGUCUUUGGACAACAGCGCCACCUCCCUGUCGACUCCAUUCUACUCCUCCACGUCUUCCCCAGCGAGCCAUGUCCUCCCCCCUCCCCAGCCUCCCUCUCCUCACCCAGCGGAUACUUGAACCUCAGCUGCAUGACUGGCAAACACUGCAGGUUUAAAUACACAAGCAAAAAAAAUAUCCUACACCUGAUACGACGAACGCCCUGCUCUUGGAUAUAUGCAAGCAUCUAGGAUUAGACACGAGCAUAAACUUUCAGACCGACGUCUGCCUGGCCGAUGCUUCUCCCUCCAUGUUUGUAUCGUCCUUCACAGCGUAUCCUGCAAUGCUGCCAAAAUUUGGAUCACAAACAUCAACUAUCCCAUCAACUGUAAUGUUCAGUCAAAAGGCCUUUAAGAAGGGAAGUUGCAGCAUUUCAGGUUAUACAGUGAAAAAAAUGGAUACAAAAAUGAAGUUUGUGUUUUAAAAAAAAUGAUGCCCCCUGAUGGGUCCAAGCAGAUGUUGCAUCUAAAAUGUAGCUGUUCAUGAAUUUAAAGGUCCCAUAUCCUGCCUGGAUCAAGCACUGGAGAACAUAUCCCAGUUUUCUCAUUAGGAUCUUCAGUGUUCCUAGUGUAAGCACUCUGACAAUAGAGUUGUUUUUCCAUUCAUUUUCCCUCCUGCGGUUCCUUUUAAGCUGAUGGAGCCACUGGUCAGUAGUCUACCUCCAAAGGUCUCCAAGUGGUUUCAUUCAAGGCAGAGAUGAGGCAGCUCCACACCAAGUCGCUGUUGGACGACCGAGCUUGUCUUUAAAGGAGCAGACCUACCUAAGGAAAAUCGUUUUAGAUGCUUGAUGAUGAUCUUAAAUGAGAAAAGUUGCUUAAAAAGGCGUUAUAUGGGACCUUUCAAACCCCCAAAUCUCUGGUUAAGAAGACACUUCCCUUUGAAAAUGUCAAUGAGUUUUUUCUUCUCACCCUUCACCUUUCUUCCUCUUGGUCUUGACCGAGCAGCCGGCAGAGCAGAGGCGGCUCUCCUCAGCCCGAGAGCCCUCUUUGAACAUCACUCGCUCUCACUGACCCACGCGGAGGACUUUGGUGGAGAUUUCUAUGUUUCGAUUGUUGUCACUCGUGAAACACACAGCAGCUUCCACGACACCUAUGCAACAAAGACGACGGUUCCCUUCUCUCCCUGCGUUCACUUCUUCACAAGUAGCACCGCGAUCGAGACCUAACAAGGCGGGGGUUGACUAGAAAGUGCAAUACAGCGGACGUCCCCUUGCAGACGGCCGUUCAUGAAUCACGUAGAGUCUGUUGGAAAAUGAUGGAAGGGGACCUGCCUGUUUUUAUGUGAAACAAUGAAGACUAGAUUAUGAUUUCUGCUUCUGUUUCUCUUCCCUUUCUCCUCUCAGUGGUCACGGGGGUGAGUGAAAACAUUAAAAACACACCACAGUCUGUGUUGAAAAGGCUCCUCCUCCUGUCUCACCCCGAUAAUGCAGUUCAUGACUCGAACCUUGGUCCCUCUCCAGCACAGAUGUCAGUGUAGCGUGAUGUUUCUUCUCCCCUCCUGAGAACCCACCCACCAGACACAACAAUCGAUGUCAUCUGCCCCGCCCCUCCCCCAUCUGUGCAGACACAAAUGACCUCCUGCAUAUUAUUCAGUAAAUCCUUUAUGAUGGACAUAUCUUGACGUAAUUCUGUGGUGCAUCUAGCGUCCUGUCGUUUAGAGAGUUUAGUCUAAAUAUUGACAUCACUAUGGAUAAAUGUGUAUAUGGGAAGUAUUUAAAAUAUCUAUCUAUUGCUGUGACCUUUAUGGACAGUUUGUUUGAUACGUUAGCGUGUAGCAGGAUUUUUUUUUUCUUUUGUCCUUUCUUCUCUCUCUCUCUCUGUCUGUGGAAGAGCUGGACGAUGUGAACGACUUCUCCGAAGAUCAAAACUGCUGUGGAUUGAAAGAUGAAAUGACCCUGCAGCGCUCAUGUGCCCGCACAUUAAACUACUGCAGUGUACGGAACAAGCUGUUUGGUUCUUUGGCUCACUUCCCAUUAGAGACAAACACAUGAACUUGCUGCCUGCAGCUCCAUGGGGCCACAUAAAACAACAUUUUGUGGCGUUUCUUGUCAACGACAGAGGCCACUCUAGCACCGUUGGUCAAGCAUGAACGACAGUCAAGUUUGGAUCGGAGCUGUUGUGUGAAAA